AUGAAACCAUCCACUUCCACUAAACCACCCUCUCCCGGCGGCGGAGGCGGUGGUGGUUCAUCCUCCUCUUCCUCCUCCGCCGCGGCGUUCCAAGCAUGCGCGGUCUGCAAGUACCAGCGCCGGAGAUGCACACCAGACUGCAAACUGGCGCCGUAUUUUCCGGCGCACAAGCAGAAGGAGUUCCUGAACGCGCACAAGCUGUUCGGAGUGCACAACAUCGUACAAAUACUGAAGAAGGUGCCGGAAAGCCGGAGACAAACCGCCGCCGAGACUAUUAUUAUAGAAGCCGACGCACGUGCGAGGGACCCCGUGUGGGGUUGCCUCGGUGUUAUCCGUGAACUGGAAAGAAGGAUACAGCUCUCUACUAAGGAAUUACACACCACUUUGGCGCUUCUUGAUUUUUACAGGUCCAGGAAUUUACCAAACUCCGGUGUUUACGGUGGGAUUAAUAUUAAUAAUAAUAUUAAUGUUAAUGUUAAUCACGUUGUUAAUCGAGAUAAGAAGCCUAUGAAUAUGAUUGGUGGUGUUGGAAACAUGUUGUUGCAUGAAGGAUCUAGUAGCCAAGUAAUGAAUGGUGAUGAUCAAAAUCAAGAAUUACUUGCUGGAGUUGAUGCAAUGGAACAAUUCUUGAAUGUAUCCAGGUUUUCUUUUUAACUUAAUAAUAAUAAUUUGUGUAAUUUUAUUAGUUAA